GUCUUCCUGAUCUGGAUCUUGGUCAUCGGCAUACUCUCGCUCUUCUUCCUGUUCUACUUCAAUCGCCUGUUUGCCACUGCGGUUUCCUAUGGCAUUCGCGCAUACACCUGGUACAAAUUCAAGGCCUACAUAGACAUCUCCGCGCUCCAGAUCAGCCUGCUAGGUGGCCGAGUCUUCUUCAAAAGCAUACGCUAUCACGCCCACAAUGUCACCGUCUAUGUCUACGAAGGCCAUGUCACCUGGAGAUACUGGCUGCCUCGCGUGCAAGAGGCUGAAGUGUUCCAAGAGGAAGAGAUCGGCCCGCGCAACAAGCAACGCUCCUCGAGUACAGCUGCCGGCGAGAGAGACGAGAAGAGCAGUAGUGAUGAGAAGCCACGCGCGCGCAGCAGGAGUAUCGGCAAGGAGGAGAAAGGCGGAGGCAAGCCUAGGAAGGAGCUUCCGUGUCGCAUCUCUGUCAAAGUCACAGGCGUGGAGGCAUUUAUCUACAACCGCAGUCCUCUCUAUGACGCUGUGGUAGAGGCGACUAUGAAGAAGGCAAAAGAGGCAGCCAAGGGUGGUAAUCGUGGAGAGAAUCUUGGGAAAUCACAGACCUCCUCCAGCCAAGGGAGCAAAAGUCAGUCCGAUUCGAAGGCCUCCAAUAUGCCUCAAAAGGUCCACACACGUACCACAGUCGCCAGCGCAACUGCCCCGGAGAAGCCUCAGAUACCUGCUUUCUUGCGUAUCUUUCCCAUCAAGGUCGAAUGCAAGCGCGCUGCUGCAGCUCUCGGAAACGAGAAUACAACCAACGUAUUGACAGCGAAAGCGGAAAGAGCUGUGGGAACUGUUGACGCUGGCCAUGCUGGACCUCUAGAUUUGUGGAAGCUAAUCUUCAGCUUUUCAAUUGAGAAGGUCAAGGUCGCCAUGAGACCUAACAAGGACUUUAAAGAAUUUCAACUUGAUGCUGGCCAACGCCUUCUGCGAGAGAGAGAGCUGGCAACACCCGAACCUGAGAAAAAGGCGGUCAAGGAGGCUAUGCAAAGGACACGAGGGAUCUGGAAUCGGCUACGCUACCUCUUUCACCGUCAUGGUAGCGCGGAAUCACUUCGGACUGCUUCCAUGAAGUCGGGCAUGGUUGGCCAUCAGCCGCCAAAGGAGCAAUUGGCUGGACAAAGUCAAUGGCACGGGCUGACUCGGUAUCUUGAGGACCGUGAGCUCAAUGAACACGAAGAAUGGCAAACGGUUGAAUACGCUAAAGUCUCCGAUCUGGUCGAUUGUGACAGGGUGACUAUGCGUUUCUACUGGGACAUGUCUGGCCCAGUCUCGGAUGGUACGCUCGACAGUGACACACUCCUCGGGUCCAAAUACGAGGAUGAUAUCAAUGGCAUGGCGCCUCCGGAAUAUGGCAUGGAUUUGGGGGUCUACGGGGGAGUAGUACAAUAUGGUCCGUGGGCCGAUCGGCAGCGGAUCAAUCUCCAGCAGAUCUUCUUCCCGGCGCCUUAUGUCGACGCAGUCCCUGCCAAGCCUCUUAAGUCUGGUGAACUUCGGGUCUGUACGGUCUUCAAAAUCAAGGUGAUCGUGGAAGAGGAUGUCGUGCUCCGUGUUCCAGCUCGAGAAGAAUCUAAGGAUUCGAAAUGGAAAGGUCGCGCGGACAAGGCGCAGCCAGCGGCCAGCUCGGGCGCCACGGCUGGAAAAGGCAGUCGACACUGGCGAAAGCACAAGCGGAAAAGCAAGCAAACGCAGGCAGCAAUUGAUGCUCGACCUUUCGGCUGGCUCGACAUAACGGUCAAGAAAGAUUCCGUCGUCAAUUACAUCAUGGAUAUGUUUCCCAGACCAGCCGGAUAUCGCAACAACCUCGACCUCGAUGUCAAAGGUGUAGAGAUGCAAAGUAGUGUCAACCACGGCUUACUUUGGCGGUCUGGGCCGGUAAGCGUGCAGGCCGAUAUAUCGCAGCCUAUCGAGUGGAAUACUCUACGAAAGUGGCCCUUCGACAUUGUCAUCAACGACAUGGAGCUUUUCAUUCUCCGCGAUCAUCUUUUCCUUAUUAUUGAUCUUGUCAAUGAUUGGUCGUCCGGAGCACCUUCAGACUUCUGGACUUUUGUGCCCUACAACUACCAGCUUGAAAUGACCUUCAAGAACUUUGUAAUGUAUCUCAAUGUUAAUGACGCUAAUAUCAUCAACGACCCGGCGGACUUCGACCGGAAUGACUUCUUGACCAUCGAAGGAAAACUGCACGCCGUACUCGGCAUUCCAAUGGAGAACUACCGGCCGAAAAGUAAUAAGAUCACUUUCGACGUGCUAGCUCAGAACCUCAGCAUGCGACAAUACAGCCCGCCCAAAAGCACAUUCAGCGUGUACGUAGAGGACAGGACCAUGGCUACCUUACCGAAACUCACCUUGAACGGCUCAUACACAGCAAAUCAGGAAGCCAAGGUCGGCAAUGUCGAUGUCUUGCGGAUGGAUAUUGUUGGUACUGGCUUGUCACUCAAAGCUUUCGGGUUCUACGUGCGCCAACUCGUCAGCAUAAAGGAGAAUUACUUCGGUGACUACAUGCAUUUCAAGACGCUCGAGGAAUUCCAAGCCGCGAGCGAUGACCUCGAGGAAGCCAAUGCCAAGACUGCUAGCUUUCCAAAGCCCACUUCAAUCAACGAGCUGGACGUCAUCUUGUGCAUAGUAGCAGAGGAGGCAACCGUCAUGUUCCCGACAAAUCUGUACUCAUGCAAGGAGUUCGUGCGAGCAGAACUUCCUCGGGCGGAUCUUGACCUCCGGAUCGUGAGCUACUAUUUGGACAUGGGCCUUCAACUCUCACCCAUCAGCUUCUUGACUGGUGUCUCGGCGACGAAGGAUGAGGACGAUGACGAUCCAGUCGAUAGGCAAUCUAGCACCCAGUUCUGGGUAGCACAUGUGGACCUCAACGGACAUCGUGCUUUCGGCCUACCACCGAACGAAGACGCUUACGUGAGUCAGUGGGACAUUGACAUUGGCAAAAUAUCAGGCGAGAUGUCUAGUAAGUUCGUCAGAGAUCUGGCUUUAGCCGGAAGAGCAUUUGCUUUCAGUAUCCAGGAUGCUGAGAACGCUCUGCCCGUGAGUUCUCCCGCGGUCGCCUUGGAUGCCAGUUUUGUCCAAGUGCGGACAGACACCGUACGCCUCUGGAUGCAUGUCGGAGGAGAUGCUCUCCUCAUUGAUCUGAAUCCCGUCGCUGUAGAUGUCAACGGUUGGGCGAGCAGCUUGUUCUCCCAGCGGGUCAAUGUACUCGUACCCUUGAUCACAUUUGCCUGCGUUAACGGCCGCAGUGCGUCUCGACAUCGCUCUCCAUUCGUCAAGAAGAGACCGGUCCGGACGUACGCCUUUCUUCAAACAGGCGUGUCGAUCGAUGUAGUGGGCAGGAAGCUUCACUUCGAAUCGACAAUCUCGCAGGUCAUUCACGAUCCAGGAACUGACCAAAAUGCCGAGCACGUCAGCGUUCUGAUCAAAGUCGUGCCUGGAAUACGAGUCUAUGUAGAGCCGCAUCUGGCUGUUACGGUCUCGAAAUUGAUAGAGAGAGUCUUACCGAACAACCCGGAGGAGGUGAUGGACUCUUUCCACAUGAGCGUCAUGGGGGCGAUAUCGAGCCGCAAUUCUGAGCGUAUCGGUCCUACAAACAUCCUGGAGAUCAGUGCCUCGCUUCCCGCAGCUCAUAUGCGGGUAGUGGCCUUGGAGGAACACAAGGAUGAAAUUGCCGACCAGAUCGACAUAACAAUGAGCUUGCUCGAGCUGGCCGUCAGGGUCAGGACUCAUCCUCGGGACAAUGGCGCUAGGAAUGGCAGAGAGCUGAUGAAGCCGGCUGUCUCUCUUCACGUCGACGAUGCCCUGGUGUGGCUAGCGUUGACAUCAACGCAUGCAUUCCAUGUCUCCUUGAGGGAGGCCGUGGUCUCUGUUAACAGCCCCCAGACCACUUAUCUCACUGAAUUGGCCCUCAAGCUGGUUCCACUUAUCACUGGCAUUAUGGAACGGUUUGAUGACAUUUUCACCAACGAUACACGGCGUUUGCAAUGGCUGACAUACGUGCUGACACAAAAUGGCGAGAUUGUGAGCGAUCCACCUUUCAUGGCUCGCAUGCUCUAUAUCCUGCGCGCAUUUCCGGGACAUUUCAGAAAUACAGACUCGUGGAAAAUACUUUCCCGCUUCCGCAAUAUCCUCAUGCAUCUUCCAAAGGAGAAGGCGGACGAGCUCGAGGCACAUUGCAGAGAGAACCGACUCGCCUUCCCGGCAGGUGCUCCUGAAAGGACACUUGAAAGUUGGACACAGUGGCGGAACUGGGACGUGCCAUAUGUGAAUCAGACAAUGGCUUUUAAAAUGAUCUGGCGACCAGACGAGCUCAACCAAGAGUCUUCGCCGGAUAAACCGCCUUUGACUGUUACAUUCAGAUCAGAGUCCUUACGCAUCGCCCUGGAGAGCGAGAAGACCAGCAGCGAGAUCGUUAUAGAGGAGACUUCGCUGGGAAUGGAAAACAUCCCGCCUACUAGGCCGGAGGGUUUGAUGCUCGUAGACGAAAACAUGCGCACCAAGACUUUGAUACAGCUCCACAUGGGCAUCUUCGCCCUCAAUCUUGACUGGGAGCUGCUCAAGAUUGCUGAAGAUGUCAUCUCCUUGAAUGACAAGAUCCAGCAGGUUUCAUCCAAGCUGCAAGCUGGUGGAAAGAGGACUACGAGGCAAGCUAUCGACGACGGACUCGCUAGGCACGACGUCCAUAUUGUGCUAUCCACCGAUACCGGUAGUAUUACGCUUCAGACCAUAAAUGUGCGACAUGUCUCGCAGGCUGAAGGUCUCAAGGUUUCAGUCAUUGGCACGACACAGGCAAGCGAGCAGUUUGGUCAGUGCGCCAGUGCCAUCAUCAAUGUUGAUCGUGCCAUCACUGAACUCUGCGGCACCAAUACUCGGAUCUGGCAGACGCUGCUUAUCUCACCAAGUCUCUACAUCGAUUGCCUGCAGCCAGCGCCUGGAGCUGAUGGUCCGGCAACGAUAACACUCGCCUUGGCGUACGAGGACCUCCAGAUCAGGAUCACCGAACAGGUGCCCGGAAUUCUACAUCUCAUCGAUCUAAUCAUUCUGGAUGAGGUUGCCAAGUGCCAAAAACUUGCUGAAAUCGUGCAGCCGCGUCCGUCGUCUUCAGCAACAGCAUCACCUGCUGUGAGGGAGCAGAAAACAAAGACGACCCAAGCAUCGGAAACCACUUUCGGAUCAGUGCCGCCGAAGCUCCACGUGGCUGUCCUUGCAGGCAAUAUUCACCUCGAAGUUUCGUUACUGCAGAAUCUGGGCUACAUGCUUGAAGGUGUUGCUGCCAGCGUUAGAGUGGCCCCGAGAUUGACCAAGGACAAGGUUUUCAGCAUCGAUUUCGAUGUUGGCAAGCAGAAGCAUGCGUUUGUCAACACGUCUGAAGAGGAGCGGCACAUACAAGGCCUCCUUGACGUACCGCCAAUCAAUGGUCACGUUGGUCUCGAGCUUGGAAACGACGAGACUUCUGUGUCGGUCGCAACAACGAUUGAAAGGGUGGAGGUUGACGCCGGUGCUAUGCAAGGAGUGAUUGGGGUUAUGAAUCAACCCGAGGUUCAAGACGUGUUCAAGUCAAUCAAAGCUGGAGUGGAAGACAUUCAACACCAUGUUGAAUAUGUCUUCCCAAAGAAUGAACUUGAGAAGCCGAAGCCUGUCAAAGAGCAGCGCAUUCUUUUUGAUGCUCGGCUUGCACUACUCGGUAUCAGAAUUUCUGCACAUACGCCAACAGCGAAAGACGCCCAUCGCUACAGAGCCAUGGCCGAAGUGGAGUUAGGCACAGGACCUCUGCACGCCACAGCAUCAAACAGGGAGACAUCCAAGGACGCCAACCCACUCAUCCCAGAAGUCCGAGCCCAUAUACAAGACAUCGGCGCCGCACUACGCAUCAAGGAGCGAGGCAAGAUUCGACCUUGUGGCAACGCUACCAUGAGCAUUCGCCUACACUUUAACAACAUCGUAGGCGAAAACGGUGUUGUGCACCGUGAGUUGAAGGUUCGCAGUGAUGGAAUCGAGAUCAAUGCAAACCCAGAAACAGCAUCGACUGUCGUAGAUGUCAUCAAUCACCUGGAGGAUCGAAUCAAGCGUCUAGACCUAUCGAAAGAAGUCGAGUAUCUUCGAAAGCUUCGAGAUGAGCGCAGACAUACUGUCAUCAAGCGUAUCAAGGGCGAUGAAGGCUGGCCUGACGAUGAUGAAAUGCCUUUCUCGCCGGAAGACCUGCUUUCGAUCACGACGACGAUUGAGCUGACGGAAAUUCAAGCUACAUGGUUGGUGGAUUCUUCCUUUGCUGCACGACGUGGUGCACAGGUCGACGAUCUUGUGUUCUCCAUACAGAGUAUUGAGUUCAAGACGAGAGGUGGGCAUGAGGCGCGUCUCAACAUUCAGAAUAUCCAGUUGCAGCUCGUGAAAAGGAAGGAAAGCAAGCAGUAUCGCGCGCUGAAUUCUGCGCUUCUGCCUGAAGUCGGCUUCAGCGUGGCCUACUGGUCAGAGAAGGGCAAGAACGUGAAGCUUGCCUUGAAGGCAACAGGAAAGCCGCUUGACCUGCGUCUUGAGUCGAAGUUCAUGUUCCCAGUCUCCGCAGUGCAGAAGUCUAUUGAGCUUGCCCGGGACAAAUUCAAGACCGGCACUGCAACUUGGCAGAGUAUGCCAACGACUUCUGGCGCGCCGAGGACGCCUUCUUUCGAUACCAAGAGGCUGAGCUCGGUUCUCGUGGAGGCCGACUUCGCGGGCGCGCAGGUAUACAUACAAGGCUCUGGACCCCGAAGCAAUAGUCUAGCAUCAAUCGCUGCAGCAUCUCAGCAGCACGGUACUCAGCACGGCAGAUACGGUCAGUUCGCUGCUGAUGGUGCUCUCAUGCAAACAACUUUGACUGCUCCUGGAAUCUCGCUCAAGAUGGAGUACAACCGGGAUGAUGUACAGCCACGACUGAACGGCGAGCUGAUGAUCGAUGCCUCUACCAACAUGCUGGCGCCGAAUGUGGUGCCUUUGGUACUGGAGAUCUCAAAUAGCGUCAAGGAAGUCGUGCGAAGCCAGGACGAGAAGACAAAGCCUCAGACACCACCUAAACCGGACACCGCGGAAGAUCAGAGGCCCAGCCCCGAUCAAUCGAGAGCCAAGCAGUUCUUCGAGGAUGACAACAUCGUUGCAACUACCCCAGCUAAGAUCUUUGGCAAGACGAAGGUGGACCUAGGCUUCCGCAUUGCGAAGCAAGAGUUUGGGCUAAGCUGUCAGCCCAUUGCACGAGUCGAUGCAAAGGCCUCACUGGAGGGCUUCUAUCUCACCAUGAACACCAUUGACUCGGACGAACAUGGGCAUUUCUUUGCCAUGUCUGCGGUCAUGACGAAGCUUGGCGCGCAGGUGAAGCACAUGUACUCUCGCGAACCAACGUUCAGCUAUGAGAUGGAUUCAAUCGUGCUAUCGGCAAUGAACAACAAGCAUUUGAGCGGGAGCGCUGGAAUCUCCGCAAUCUUGAAUAUUAACCCGACCAAGAUUGCAAUCAAUGGCAAGCAGUUUCAAGACUUGCUGUUGUUCAGAGAAAUCUGGCUACCACCUGAAAUUCGCAAGCCGAGCGCUGCUUCCCCUGCACAAGGAGCUGCACCAGCCAUUACAGUCCAAAGACCUGAUGAGUUCGUGGUUCAGAAAUACCAAACUUUUGCUGCGGCCGCUGCAUUUCCAUGGAACGCCACUGUCAACAUAACUGAACUGGCUGUCGACGUCGAUCUCGGACAGAGUAUCGGCAAGUCGUCUUUCCGAAUCAUAAAUCUUUGGGCAAGUCAGCAGAAGUCUUCGAAUUGGGAACAGAAUCUGUGCAUAGGGCUGGACGAGAUGGGUGUCGAUAGCACUGGCAGAAUGAGCGGCUUCAUUCAUUUGGGCAAGCUCGGAGUCAGAACGUCCAUCAAAUGGCCAGAGGAGUCGACCCAGGCGACACUGCGCAAGACUCCGCUCAUCCAGGCAUCGAUCGGAGUCAAAGAACUCAAGGCCAAAGCGGCGUUUGACUACCAAGCAUUUGCUUUCGGCGACAUUGGCAACUUCGACUUCCUGAUGUACAAUGUUCGCGAGCAGCAUGGAACGGGCGAUCGACUCGUUGCAGUAUUGGAUUGCGGAAAGGCACACGUGUUUUGCACAUCCAGCAGUCCUUCGCAAGCUGUAGCGUUGUACCAAGCUUUCGAUCGGCUCAUCCACGAAAAGCAAUCUGCAUACAUGCAGUCCCUCAAGGAGAUUGAGAAGCACUUGCGCCGAGAAAGCACGGUGGUGCCGACGAGAUUUGGACCCCAAAUUCCAGACUCUCCGGUGGCAGAGAAAAGAGCGGAGAAGAGCCCGAUUUCACUCCAUACCGACGUGGUGGUCACGAUGGGUGGCAUAUGUUUUGGAGUGUACCCAAGCACAUUCUUCGACAGUCAAAUGCUCAAGCUCGAGGCCAGCAACAUCCAAGCUCGAUUUGCCGUUGGCCUCGAAGGCGGAAGGAUAACAUGUGCACUGGGCAUGACUCUUGGCCAGCUACAGGUCGCGCUUUCGUCUGUGCGCCGAAUGACUGCCGUGCCCAAGGCUUUGGAGAUGACGGCGGAUGAAGUCAUCAACAGUGCUCUGAACGCAAAGGGAGGCAUCAUUUUACGCGUGCCUCAAGUGGUGGCGAGCAUGCAGACGUGGCAGGCACCGAAAGGAUGUGAAGUGGACUACAUCUUCAAGUCACUCUUCGAUGGCAAGAUUGACGUUGGCUGGAACCUGUCGCGCAUCAACUUCAUCAAGGGCAUGUGGGAAUCCGGUUAUCGGGCAUUGGCCUCGCGGCUGGACAAGUCUCUCCCAGAAUCAGCGGUCAAGAUCAAAGCUGAGGGACCUGCUGCCGAUUCUCCCUCGCCUCCUUCGAGCAGUGGCGACAGGGACUCGGCGCCACAGCCGCAGCCGCAGCCGCAGGAGAAGAUUACGGCUGAGAUCAAUCUGCCGCAGAGUCGAUACGAGUAUCAUGCUCUGGAGCCAGCAGUCAUCGAAACGCCGCAACUGCGAGACAUGGGAGAGGCAACGCCACCGCUCGAAUGGGUCGGCUUGCACCGAGAUCGCUUGCCGAAUGUCACGCAUCAGAUCAUCAUUGUGACCCUUUUGGAAGUGUGUAAAGAAGUCGAGGAUGCGUACGGGAAGAUUCUGGGGGGAGCG